GUAUGCAUGCAUUGGCACUAUAACGAAAAGCCAUUUUGUCUCUGACUAGUCUAAUGUGAAUUGUGUAGGUAUUGCAUUUUAGCUUUCCAUGUCAGUGUAGUGAAUAUUACUAAAGAACAAUUCAUAUUUCCUUUUCAGACUGAUUCUCAUUUGCUUCACAACCUCUAUAUGAUGAUGGUGCAAGAAGAGGAAGUGCCAAAAGACCUGAGCACUAUUAGGAGAAAAUGCAAGUUUGUUGUUCCCAUUAAAAACCGUCCAUGUCGCAUGCUGGCCUUGGAUGGAGAAGUGUUUUGUGGUGAACAUAUAGUGCUUGACACGGAGUAUUUAUCACAGAAAGAAGUUCCAGAGGAUCGUCUCCGCAUCAAGUGUCCCUUGGACCCUCGACACACCUGCUACCUGAAGAAGCUCCAGAAGCAUCUGAAGGUGUGUAACGCCCGCGAGAAGGAGCGGCCGCCGUAUUACGUGCGAGACAUCAACGCCGGUGACAGGUCGGCCGGGCCGGGCGGUCCGACCAUCCACGAGCUCUCCGACCAGGCGCUGCUCGACCUGCUCGACAAGAUCAGCGCCCUCCACAGCGAGCACGUCUCGCCGCCGGAGGUGGCCGAGGAAGCGGCGCACGAGGCGCUCUCGGAGAGCCUGCAGAACCCGGCCUUCGGCGCGGACACGCUCAAACACCUGCGCCAGAACUCGUCGCUGUUGGCCGUUCUGCGGGACGCUGGCCUGCUGCAGCCCCACGACGCCACAUUCGUCGACCUCGGCUCCGGAAAAGCCCAGCUGUCGUUCUGGCUGGCGCGGGCCGUCAGCGGUCGCUCCCAGAUUGUGCUGGUCGACUUCGCCUCCCACCGGCACAAGGCCGAGAACAAGCUGAAGGACGUUCCGGGCGCCCCCGAGGUGCAGCGGCUCAAACUGGAUAUCCGCCACCUGAGCCUGGCCGGCUGCGAGGCGUGCCGCGGCCGGCCCGUGGUCACCAUUGGCAAACACCUCUGCGGCGCCGCCACCGACCUGGGCAUCCGGGCGGCCACCGUGGCUCCCAGUGACGUCCAUCGGACGCCGGCGGGCGUGGGGCAGGACAGAGCAGCGGUCUCUGCCAACACCCAGACCGGGGACCAGAGCGGACCACAGACCGGGGACCAGACCGGACCACAGACCGUGGACCAGAGCGGACCGCCGGCCGCGGACCGGACCGAUGAGUCGGGAGAGCCGACCGCCGCCGACGUGCGCGGUAUCAUGAUCGCCGUGUGCUGCCACCACCGAGUCGACUGGCCCAGUUACGUGGGCAAACAGUUCAUCCAGGAUGUGUGCGGGUUCUCGGCGGCCGAUUUCGCCGCGCUGAAGGGCGUGGCCGCCUGGGCCACGUGCGGCACGCCUGGCUGGGACCCCGAGCGGCCCAGCAACCGCCGAGGACAGCACGAGGCGCCGCGCAAACGGCGCUACAAGCCCGCCGAGCCGGCCGACAAGAGGCCGCGGCUGGAGGGCGCCGCGCCGGGGACUGGGCCGGCCGGCCAGCCGGGACAGGGGUCCAGCGACCAGUCUGAAUCGGCGCCCUUCGACCAGACAGAGUCGGCAGCCGCCGACCAGACAGAGUCGAGUACUACCGACCCGCCGGGGCCGCAGCCGACCGACCAGCCGGGGCCUGAGCCGGCCAACGGACCGGGGCCUGAGGCCGGCGACCAGCCGGGGCUAGAGCCGGCUGACAAACCGGGGCCCGGCUCCCGGGACGCCAGCGCCGGCCGGUACCAGCGGCUCGGCCUCAGUCCGGAGCGGCGCACCGCCGUCGGCUUCCAGUGCAAGCGUCUGCUGGACGAGGGCCGGCGCCGCUACCUGGAGAGCCGCGGCUUCUGUGCGCGCCUGGUGCGCUACGUGCCGCCGGCCGUCUCGCCGGAGAACGUGCUGCUGCUGGCCACGCGGUGACGGAGGGGGACAGCGGACCCCGGAACAGUAACGGCCGACGGCCCCGAGCGGCGGACAGCGGACCCCGGAACAGUGGCGGACGGCAGCGUCACGGAGCGGCCGACGGUGGGUGCCACACACGGGGAGCGGCUGAUUGUUGACCAUUGAGGACCGGUCCUUAAACACCGCCGUGUGUCAUUGUGUGUUUCAAGACAAGUGUUUUGGUUAGGCUGCAAUGCAUCCGGUUCACUGUUCAUUAUUGCAGUCUGAUAACGCUUGUGAUGUGCAAUGGUGGUAUUUGAGGGUGGUGUGCUUCUCCACUGGUUUUAGGAGUCGGAGUGACGGUGGGUUAAAAAGUAAUUGUUGUGAGCAGUGUUUUUUGACUAUGUUAGGAAAGUACAGGGUGAAAAGUACAAAAAAGUGUCACGGUUUUGAACAUCUCCCAUUUCCUAACUACAUGACCUACAUCGUUCAAAUUUUCCUGAAUUAGUGGCAAAUAGUAUGACAUUUUGUGUGGCAGAAUUUCAAGUUCUUAGGCAAAAUGGUUUUUGCACCGGAACAAAAAAUCAAAAAAUCUCAAUUUUGGGUGCUAUAGGAGAUGGUAUACGUCACUGUCUGCCGACGAUUUCGGUAAGACUUCGGCUUUUGCUUGUUGCACCCAGCAACGUGCUCGUCAGUAAUUAUCUACAACUAUAAGAAACAAAAAAAACGCCAUGCAAAACAGACAAUGGAAUCGCAAUCACCCAUUAGUCUCAGGACAGCGCGGGUGCCAUGCCUGACUCUUCCGUCAAAAGCUGCAGUCGCUGACACCGUGCAAAGGACUUGUGACACACUGCACAUUGCGCACACCCAGAAGUUCUGCAUGUUUGAGUAGGAACUUUAAAACUGUUCAUUAGCUAUCCUUUCUUCUCUUUAUGUGUUUCGGAACAAAACCGAGUAGAGGAUUUUGCCAUCAAAGAUGCCGUCGACUGUCGAAGCAUGGAAACUCGCGUCGUCUGAAAAUCAAUCAGUGUUGAUCGUUGCCCAUGUUUGUGGCUGUGCUGUGUUUCAGCUUGCUGCUGUGCUCCAGAUGGCAGUUGUACACGGUGUUCUUACCUAUAAAGGUUUCAAAAAUGUAUUGAUGAGCUUGUUUCUGGAUUCAUCAGGCGAAAGGGGCCCAGACUCUUCAGGAUCGACGGCAGGCCGUGACGUACCACCUCCUACAGCACGAAAAUUGAGCUUUUUUUAUUUUUUGGUCUAGUGUAAAAACCAUUCUGCCUAGGAACUCGUAAUUUUACCACAUAAAAUGUCAAAACAUUGCAACUAAAUCUGGAAAAUUUGAAUGAUGUAGGCCUUAUGGUUACGAAACGGGAGAUGUUCAAAACCGUGACACUUUUUUGAGACACCCUGUAAUGAUACAUGCAAUCGGAGAUGUUUUAAUGAGAAAAAAAAGUUGUAUUUUUAACUUAAAAAUUAUAUUGCUGAAAGACAGACACUAAAAUAUAAAUUUGAUCAUGAA